CGAGACGACACAACUUUCUUCUUCGUUGGAAAUGCAUCAAUGAUCUCCGUGAAUUCUAUCAGGGAAUGCGUUCGCGAAGCUUCAACAGUAUUCCCUAACAUCAACCGUACCUACAUCAAUCUUACGAACACGGAGCUUGUGCAAUUAUUCAUCAACACCACCACCUGCGUGCUGGCGAAAACUCGUUGUUCCUACGUGAAUCCGGUGACCGGUGAGCUCCAGGAUAGUGACAUAGUCAACAAGUUGCAUCUACCUUCACUGAACGCUUUGCUAGUCAACACCGACUACGACAUCAGCAUCGUGCAGCUGCCGUUCCGUUCCGGCAGCGUCGAUGUGUGCACUAAGUAUAGAAACGUCGAGCAAGCGACUUGGCCCAGUGUCGUGUGUUAAUUUACAAACAGAAAUUAUAUCGAGCCAAGAGAGGCAGCCGGUAUCCACGACGCUAAAUGACGCGCGGGAUGAUUUUACCAAGCAACCGUUCCAGAAUGAGAUUACCGUGUGCCGUUGUUCCUAAUAAAGAUUUGUUUCUGUUGGCGCUAA